CCUCGUUUAUAUACUCCGUUUGUCCCCAGCGCCAACAUUCCACGAAGUGAACUUGAGUUGAGGUGUUGUGCAGCACGACCUAGGCUGUGCAAUAGAUAUAAUAAUUUAUUUUACUUAGGACUUAUUUAAUUAAAAACUAAUUCACAAUGUGCGACGAGGAGGUUGCCGCGUUGGUAGUAGACAAUGGAUCCGGUAUGUGCAAGGCCGGUUUUGCCGGAGACGACGCACCCCGUGCCGUCUUCCCGUCCAUCGUGGGCAGACCCCGCCACCAGGGCGUCAUGGUCGGCAUGGGUCAGAAGGACUCCUACGUAGGUGACGAGGCCCAGAGCAAGAGAGGUAUCCUCACCCUGAAGUACCCCAUCGAGCACGGUAUCGUCACCAACUGGGAUGACAUGGAGAAGAUCUGGCACCACACCUUUUACAAUGAACUCCGUGUCGCACCAGAGGAACACCCAGUGCUGCUCACAGAGGCGCCCCUCAACCCUAAGGCCAACAGAGAGAAGAUGACACAGAUCAUGUUCGAGACCUUCAACACACCCGCCAUGUACGUGGCCAUCCAGGCCGUGCUCUCCCUGUACGCCUCCGGUCGUACCACCGGUAUCGUGCUUGACUCCGGCGACGGCGUCUCCCACACCGUGCCCAUCUACGAGGGAUACGCCCUGCCUCACGCCAUCCUCCGUCUGGACUUGGCCGGUCGCGAUCUCACCGACUACCUGAUGAAGAUCCUCACCGAGCGCGGCUACUCCUUCACCACCACGGCCGAGAGAGAAAUCGUGCGCGACAUCAAGGAGAAGCUCUGCUACGUCGCCCUCGACUUCGAGCAGGAGAUGGCCACAGCCGCCUCCAGCAGCUCCCUCGAGAAGUCCUACGAACUUCCCGACGGUCAGGUCAUCACCAUCGGAAACGAGCGAUUCCGUUGUCCCGAGGCUCUCUUCCAGCCCUCGUUCCUGGGUAUGGAAGCUUGCGGCAUCCACGAGACCACCUACAACUCCAUCAUGAAGUGCGACGUGGACAUCCGUAAGGACUUGUACGCCAACACAGUAUUAUCCGGAGGUACCACCAUGUACCCGGGCAUCGCCGACCGUAUGCAGAAGGAGAUCACGGCCCUCGCACCCUCGACGAUGAAGAUCAAGAUUAUCGCCCCACCGGAGAGGAAAUACUCCGUAUGGAUCGGAGGCUCCAUCCUCGCGUCCCUCUCGACCUUCCAACAGAUGUGGAUCUCGAAGCAGGAGUACGACGAGUCUGGUCCCUCCAUCGUGCACAGGAAGUGCUUCUAAGCGCCCAGAAGGUGCGCCACUGCCGCCCCAGCAGCAGUCCGCGGCUCGGCCGGUCCCGCGGCCGGCUGCUCAACUCAGGCUUGUAAUAACCGUUAAUUUAAUUGUACGUAAGAUAUUAUAUGUAAUUAAUUAAAUGGUAAUAGAAACGGCAGAACGAAGCGCGGCGCCGCGGGCGCGCCUCUUCUGCCGGCAUCGGUACUGCAUUCGCCAAAGGAUCUGUUUUGUAAUCUCAUGAAUGAUGAUUGUAUGUGCUGAAACGAAUAAGACUACUUUCUUACUAGGUCAUUUAUAAAUUAUAAAAGAUGAAAAUACAAAAAAAAACUGAAAAAUUUGAA